GAUGUCUUAUGUCAAUUUGUAGUGUAUACACGAGUCACUAGAUAAUAAUUUAUUAUGGAUCCACGGCGGGCAAAAGCCCCACUGGAUGGGCCUGGGCCCCGCGGCGUGCCUGACUGUUAUUACACCUCUCGGGUACUAGACUCGACGUUCCGAUACGUGAAGUUCGUGCGAAAGCUGAGGGCUGAGGAGGAGGAGCAACGGAAGGGCAAGGAGAACAAGCUCAAGGAGUUCAAAGACCAGCAGUAUAGCGAUUUCUUCGUCAGCUGCGAUCGCAAAUCUCUGCUGAACAAUGUGGCUCGCCGAGUUGAGUUAUGCAUGGAGUCCUACGAGACCGAUCUAGCAAAGAAAAGACAAAGCUUAAGAGACCUGUACGCCCGCGAAGAAGAAGAAAACAUCCGCAAGUUCGUGGAGCAAGUGCAAGCGGGAAGAGAAGCAAUUUGGCAGGCGAAGAAGGAGCGCUUGGCGUAUCUCAUCGCGAAGCGGAAGAAGGAACACGAGGAGAAGUACAAUGAUACGCCUCUAUCUAAAUGUGUCCACGUGAUGCCUUGCCUCGUAAAACUUCGAGCGAUGGAAGCUCAGGACAUCCAGUUGUACCAGAUAAGGGAAAAGGCGGCGAAACGCGAGGCCGAGAAAGAACUUGACAAGAUGUGGUACGACGUCGCUAUGAAGGAGUCCGACGCUUUGGCAGCUCGCAUGGAAUACGACGCCAUACAGCGCGCGCGCCGUGACAUGGAAUGCCACCAGUUCUCCAUGUACCAGAUAGAACAGAACAAAAUCAAACAGGCACAGGAGAAGGAAAGGCUCAAGCAGGAGACCCUGUACUUCAAGGAGCUUUGUGACAAAGCUAAUAAGGAUGAGGAGGAAGCGGAACGCCGUCGCGCAGAAGCGCGUCAUAAGACCGGCGAAGAUCGAGCACUAGCGAUCGAAGAACGAAAACUGACGCUGGAGAAACAAGCUCAUGAACACAAGUUCAUACAGGACGCCUGGGACUCCAUGGGCGAACAGGGGCUGGCGCAAGUCAAGGCUGAAGAGGAACUUAGGAGACGCAAGGAGCGUGAAUUAGACGAAUGUAAUCGCAAGAUGAUCGAGCUCCGUGACGACAUGCGCGCCUCCGAGUCAGCCAAUGAGGGUUACGUACGCGACGUGGCGGCGCAGUACCAGAAGGUGGUCGACGAGAAACGCUGCCAGUACCUCAGCUGGUCGCAGAAGACGAACAGAGAUGUGCGCAAAGCCAUGAUAGACCAGAUCCACGACCGCAAGGAAGCACGAGAAGAGCUGAAGAAGAAACUCCUCGAACAAGACGAGUACCACCGCCAGGUGUUCAACCAGCUGUCUCAGCUCGCGGCACACAAGGACCUCACUGACGCCCAGCAGAGGAAGAAGCAUCAAGAAAAUCUGUUGAAGCAGAUUGAAUACAAUAAACUUCUCAAGGAGCGGGCGUUGCAAGAGGAGCGGGAUCAGCUAAAGAAAUGUCAGCGCGCGACCGAGGAGUACAACGAGGAGAUCAGCCGCAUGCUGUGCCGGCCGUUCUUCAGCGAUAUGCAGCACCCGUUCCUGAGACAGAUGGCGGGCGGCCUGAAGAUGAGAGAGAAGUGCCCCUGCUCCAAACCGGACUAUUGCGCUGUUCCGGAAAAAAAACCCAUUUAAGGAAGAGUUGUCAUCGUGUCGUCUACGUUACGUGACUGAAUGUCACGGCCAACGACCAGUGUAAAGGCCAGAGCACACCGGCUGCGUGGGCGUAGACG